CUCUCUCCGCCUUCUUAUCUGCGAUCAGGUUUGGUAGGCGGAAUUUCCCCUACAACGCGUUUGCAUACACUUUGCCCCAGUAAUUAAUGAAACGCCAGUCUCUUUGUCGGGUAAUUUACACGACGCUAGCUAUUCAAUUUCAAUUACCAUUCAAUUUCAAUUAGUUUAGGGGCUCACGCCCAGGGGAAAUUCGCCUAAGUAACCUCCAGUUGUGCAGUAACUACCGCCAUGAGAGGUGUUCUUUUGGGUCUUAUGCUCUUGGCCUUUGCCGCAGUGGUGGCCCGGGCCCUCAACUGCCAGCCGUGUAAGUUACUGGAGGCCCGUAAGACACAUGCCAACGAAACCCACACGCAGCCCAAGUGAGGAAAAGUGGGGGGCG